AUGAGCUCUCGAAUUUCAGGGCGACUCUGCCAGAGUAGUCGUACUUUACGCCAUUGGCCACUUCUCACAACAACUGCAUUGUCACGGUCGCCAAUCCCUCUACAAAUAGCAUCACGCUUCAUCCAUAAUGACGGUCCAAAGAACUUGAACCCGCUCAUCAAUCCUCCCGACGUCACUCGACCGCCACCACUCACGCUUCCUCGACGAAGAGAUUUCGAAUCAGCGCCAAGAUACUACUUUGAGCUGGGAAAAGGGUACCUCAAAUUCUACAAACAGGGCCUCAAGAACGUAUGGACAAGUCGACGCCUCCUUCGCGAAAAGCUUCAACGAACACCUGCCGACGACCGACCCUCGAUAUUCAAGCCCCAUUAUGUGCCUAAAACAUUUUCCAGAGCGGACUGGGUCCUCCUCUGGCGGGUGCGACAUGAUAUGAUACGGUUGCCUCUGUUUGGGCUCAUGUUGAUUGUCAUUGGGGAAUUCACAGUUUUGGUCGUUACCUACGUCGACAGCGUAGUGCCAUAUCCGUGCAGGAUACCAACACAAAUAUUUACAGCCCUGGAGAAGGCGGAGCAGCGUCGCAAGGCUUCCUUUGAUGAACUAGAAGCCAGGUACCCCCACGGUGUCCUCAGUCCGCGCGUUACACAAUCCGUCGCUCGCGCUCAUGUUCUCAAAACCCUACAUCUGAGUAGUUCAAUCUGGGAUCGCCUAGGCUUUCUCCCACCUGGCAUGUGGCAAGCCAAGGGACGAUAUCGCAUGGCGUAUCUGGAGGGCGAUGACAGAAACAUCGUCGAGGACGGUGGGCCUAUGGGACUUCACUACGAAGAGCUACGGAUUGCUUGCGCUGAACGGGGUAUCGAUACACUCGGUAAGAGCGAGACCGAGCUGAGAGGAUGGCUCGGCGACUGGCUGCGCUUAACGGCCUCUGAGGAUAUUGAUGAGAGGAGACGGCGUAUGGCCGUUCUGUUUCUGACCAGACCGGAAAACUGGCCCCAGCAACGAGAUUUUGCUGUGCCUGUAUGGCAGUUGUAGGAUGCUGGGUAUGGCAUACGAGAAGUCGGAUACCUAGGCAGUAAAAAAAAGCUAGAUAUUUGAUGAUCAGCAGAGUCGGCAUUCUCACGUGUAAAUUGCUAGCACGCUAUGAUCCAUCGUCGGGGAGUUGAUGGAAGCAAACACUGCUUGGUUGUUGGCUGGAUGAUCUUUAUCUGUAAGCUGACUAGAGCUUCGAACUGAUAGAAUGGAAUUGCCGGCACUUGCCAGUGGCUUGGGAAUGGCAAAAAGCACGUGGCCACCACA